GCUGCACGCCGCCGGUUGCCGUGGUAGCAGAGAACCGAGCGAGGCCUGGUCGGGUCUGAGGCCUAAACCGGGCCGGGACGUGGGGAUGGAGGCGAAGGGACCAGGCCUCAGUGCUGCGGUGGGGCUGAAGAGCAGAGUUGGCAGCGUGUGGCAGAAGGAGGCGGCACAGAGGAAGCUCACAGCCCACAAGUUGGUUUUGCCACCCAUCGCCAACGGGGACGUGAAGAAAGGGCAGAAGAACAAGCCAGUGUUGAGUAAAUCAACCCCCGUGGUGUUGAAGGCAUCGUCCCAAGAGAAACAGAGAUCGUCUGGUGAGAAGAAAUCGGCCCACGAGGAGAGUGGAUUAGCUGAAAUGUUGGAAGAGAUCAAAACAGCAACGCACCUGGCCAAGCUGAAGACAAAAGCCAUAGAGGAGCUGAAGCAAUGCAGCGACCACCUGGAAAAGACCAACUGCUGGCUGAUGAAGGACAUCCAGCACACUGACGACAGCACUGCCAAGCAAGCCAGAAACUUGCUAUAUCAGUAUGAAGUGUAUCAGAUGAUCGAGGCAAUGACACAAACCAUCAAUCAGAACCAGCUGGAUAUGGCAAGGGCAGAGCUCCAGGAAAUGGAAAAAACAAUGGAAAAGAAUCUGGGAAAGCUACAGCAGCAAUUGGUUGAAGUCACAUCAAAAGUACAGGAUCUCCAGGGUGAGCUCAGCAGCCUUCGGAACUACACAGAGGGGAAUUAUCUAAACCAAGCUAUGCAGAUAUUCCUUCUGCUGUCCAACAUCCAGAACCUGAAGAAGCAACAGCAGGAUGAGAUAGAAGAGACAGAAAAAAAGGGAAAGGCCAUUCUGGAGGAAAUGGAAGAAAAAACACAGCAAGAACAAGAGGAGAUAUUACAGAAAGUCGUGGAGGAGGUGUUGCUGCACCAGGAUGGGCUGAAGCAGAUGGUCAUCAACAAUCACGUUCUUCGACGUGAAAUAAAAAAACAAAAAGAGAUUAUUAAAGACCUGGAAGAGGAGAUCAGCGAGCUGAAAAGAAACGUCCAGACACUCCGCCAGAGUUCAAGAGACCCAAGAGAGAUGAUCUUUGCUGACGUUUUUCUCCACAGACCAAAGUGCUCACCAGACACUGAGGUGGUUCUCUUCAGCCCCACGGAGGAGACUCUGCUCCCCCAGUGCCCGCAGCGCUCAGAUGAGGAGCCGACCAAUGCAGGACUCCUUCCUCCCGGCCCCACUCAGCCACUGUGAGGACUCAAUUAGAAGGGGCAGGAGGGUCUUUCGUGGUACAGCUGCACUGAGCUGUAAGAAUCACGAUGUAAGCCCCUUGAUAUUGAUAUUGAUGGUCUGUGCUGCCUGAGCUCACACCCGCAGCAUCACCUGCCCCCAGCGGGGCUGCAGCCAAAGCCAGACCGAGACUCCAUUGCGGUACCCCAGGGGUGUCCCAGUGCCGGCCCCGAGGUGAGCACAUCCCGCUGCGGACCGGGCUGCUGUCCCAGGCCGGAGCCCUCGUGGGACGGGGCACGCACACAGGUUCAAAUAAAAACAGCCCUAUUCAAAACGUG